AGCAAGAACAAACUCGGAAGAGCCCGGCCUCCACUAUAAGACAGACGAAUCCUUCGAUAUGGUACGCCGACGAUCCAUCCGGAUCCCCGUUGCGGAGGCCCCAACGAGAGGAAGGGGGAUCGAACACGAACCAGUGGGAACCUCUUUCGUCCAUGGCGACGAAACAAAGAAGAAGAAGAAGAACACCGAUCGCUGCGGAGCGAACGACAAGCGGUGCAACAGUUCCAUCCUCGCGAAGCACCUCGAGCGGGAGGUAGACCUAGACGCCAGCGGGAACACCGGGAGCAUGACCACGAGCAUGACCAUGAGCUCGAUCAACGGCAAUUCCAACACAACCGAGGAUCUCACGGCCUCGGAAUCCAACGAGAACGAGAACGAUCCGGACGAGGAGGGGUUUCGAUUUGUCUUUGAGCCGGCAGAAGAGCACGACCAAGAGCAUCACCAAGAACACCACCAAGAGCAUCACCAAGAGCAUCACCAAGAGCAACACCAAGAGCAACACCAAGAGCAACACCAAGAGCAACACCAAGAGCAUCACCGAAAGCAUCACCAAGAACACCACCAAGAGCAUCACCAAGAGCAACACCAAGAGCAACACCAAGAGCAUCACCAAGAGCAUCACCAAGAGCAACACCAAGAUGAAGACAAUGACGAUGAGAUUCAUCACCAAGACCCUCAUGAUCUGCAGCAACUCCCUUCCUCCCCACAGCACCAUUAUCACCAUCACCAUCACAAUCAGCAACUACAACCACAAGACGAGAUUUUCACGAUCGAGGGCGACAGCACCAUCGCUUCGCUCUCGUCCCCCCGACCCGUGCACCUCCACGCGGGCAGCAGCAUCGGCACCAGCAUCAGUUACAGCUGUAGCAACCACAACCACAGCAGCAGCAGCAGGAGCAGCGUUGUUCGCUUCCAAAAGGCCCUCUUUUCGAUCCGCGAGAGCCGCCGCCGGGUGGUCCGCUUCAAGAGGGAGUCCCACCUGGCGGAGGUCCGGACGGUGGAGGCCUCCGCGAUCUGGUUCACCAGGGGGGACUACGACGCCUUUCUCGGGGACUGCAAGCGAGAGGCCGAGUCCUUUGCCCGGGCCGUGGAGGACCGGAACGCCGAGAUCGAGGCGAUCACGGCGGACCGGGCCCGCAAGAAGACCACCGCCGAGAUCCGGGAAACGAUCCGGGCCCGGCAGAAGGAAGAGCGGCUGAAGCACCGCAUGCUGGUGAAGGACGGCCUCGAGGGGGGGGCGACGUCAACGUCAACGUCAACGUCAACGUGGACAAGGGCAAGGGAAUCCGGGGAAAGGGAUCGCACGGGGCUUCUAGCGACAACCCACUUUCGCUCGUGGGAUGGGGACGGCAGGGACGUGGGCAUGUACGGGGACACGAACAAAGCCGGGGAAACCACCAGGGACAACACAAAGGACACGGACCGCAUCCAGGACAACCCCAGGGACAACGGGACCUCCCUUCCUCCCUGUCUCCACGGCCUGGAGCCCUGGACGCCCUGGGGAUACGAUCGGACGCAGGCCUCCCGGGAGGCCUGCCUCGAGGCCGUUCUGGGCGAGCAGUUCGGAUCGUGGGACCGUGGCGUGGAGGAAGACCCCGUCCGCAUCGCGGGACUCUGCGGCUCCGCCAGCCUGGUUUCCAGGGAGCACGCGGUCUCCUCGGCCCGGCUGCUCCGGGAGGAGCUCCUCCGGAUCCUCGAGGAAUCGAUUCUGGAGGACAUUUCGAGCACCACGCGAACCCUGGAACUCCUCCAGGUAUCCCUGCGGUCGAUCCGGGGCAACGGAACGGGCAACGCAGGAAACGGAAUCACGGCCAACCCACCCCGUGCCGUUUCUACCCCCCGUGCCGGGGAAGAGCAGCGCGCAGCGAGACCAACCGGGUUCUCCCCGAGGAAUCACAGGCUCCCCCGCCUCCCGCGGUCUCCCGUGCACAGCCCCGUCUCGCUGGUGGACCACGCGGGAAUCGUAAGCUCGCCCCCCGCGGUGGUCGCCCCGCGGGACUCCCGUAGCGUCUCGGGAGGAAAGACCCCCCCACAGACCAAGACCUCCCUCUCGCCCACCGCCAGCAUGUGCUCCACGACCAAGACGUCCUCGAGCCUUUCGUCCUCGUCGGGUUCCUCUCUCUCGGCGUCGUCUCCCACGAAGCGUCGAUCCGGAGCGGCCUCUCCCGCCGGCCGCGAUCCGAGGCAUCCCCAUCCGCGGCUACGGCCGCGGUCUCGCCGGGCCCUCCUCCUCCCCAAGGCACCCACCCUCGCCGGGAGCAGGAGCGGCACCCCCAGCCCGGGCAACACCAGCAGCAAGACCAUCAAGGCCGUCCUGCAGGCCAUGGAGGCCGCCAUGCCGUCGAUUCCCACCCUUUCGGACCAGCCCCACAGCCGGCCGGCCCUCCCCGGGGACCUUUCGGGCAACCCGAAACCACGCGGGGGCACGCCGCGGCACCCAAACCAGAAUCCAAGUGGGAGCGUCCGUAAAAAGCAAAAGCCCAAGCCGAAAGAGAAACAGAAACAGGAGGCGGUUCCUUCCUCCGCCCCUUUGCAAGACGCCCAGCGCCCCCCCCGUGCUUCGAAGAAGGGAGGCUCCGCUUGCACCAAGGCCAGCAAACACAGCACCGGGUCGGACCGAACCGAGAAGGAGACAAAGGCGGCAACGAGCAAGGAAAAGAAGAAGAAGAAGAAGACACCAACCACCACGAGGGGGCAAGGCCACGCCGGGGCAGCUCCCGGUGCCACCGCCGUCGUCACCCCCUGCACGAGCUACGCCAGCGACGACCCGACGGAAGCAUCCUCCGGGAUGGAAGGCCUCCGCGACAAGGACAGCGACGGGUUCCACCACACCGCCGGUUCGAUCCGAGGCGCCGGGAGCUGCCUGCUCCGGAGCAUCGUCCCGUCCGCCUUUCGGAGCAGGCACCACAGGAAGAGCUCCAGCGGGAGGGCAAGCAAGGCCCGCAGCAAGGAAAACCGGGCCACGAACCCAAAAAAGAAAAAGCCGGCCCAGUGAUCCGGGGGCAGCAGGCGGUG